UAUGGUCCUUAGUUUUAGGGUCAAAUUAAAUAAAUGUAUAAGUGACAUGCUAUUUUAUUCAGUUCACACCUUGCCAUGAAGGCCUAAAUGAAGGACAUUCAUUUAGUCUCUUGACCUUGCUUGUGUAUUGCUAUAAAUCAUCAUAAGUUUCUCUUUUUUUUUUGUCACUUAAGCAUAGAUAGAUAAAACAAAAUGAGAAGUAUUACAAAAGCAUCAUACUUUAAUAUUCUAUUUCUUUCUAUAUUAGGCUUAGCAUUACAUGUUCAAUGUCGUUCUCUUCCAACUGAAUUGAUUUCAAAUGGAGUUGAUGAUGAUGUUCAAUCAUCACAACAAGACUCUUUUCUACUUCUUAAUAAUCAUAACAAUGAUUCAGGAGAGUAUUGUAAACAAAUGUAUGGUUUUUUGCCAUGUUCUAAUGACAUUCUUGGUCAUUUAUUUCUAAUUUUGGUUUAUGAGUAUUUGUUGUUCCAUGGAGAAUCAUAUUUGGCUGCUGGAGGUAAACAAAUCUUUGAGAUUCUUGGUCCAGGUGUUUUUGGUGCUAGUGCUUUUGACCUUCUUGGUGCCCUUCCCGAGUCCUUAAUUCUUCUUGUUACUGGACUUUCAAGUGAUAAGGAGAGUGCACAAGAGUAUGCUUCAACUGGUGUUGGUUUGUUAGCUGGAUCAUCCAUCUUGCUUAUGACAUUAGUGUGGGGGACUUGUGUUACUGUUUCCAAGCAAAGCUUGAAAAAUGACUCAAAUUCAUCAGAAGGAACAAUAAAACAAUAUUUGACUGGUUAUGGUAUUACUAUGGAUGAAGACACUAAAGAGAUGGCAAUAAUCAUGGUUUUCUCUAUUAUACCACUUCUCAUAAUGCAGUUUCCUACAUUGUUCGAUUUCUCUACAACGUUGCGCAAUGCGACCUUGAUCAUUUCUCUCAUUAUUUCUGUCGCUUUUCUCAUCUCAUACUUCAUUUACCAGAUCUUUAGACCACAGAUAGAGAAAACAAGACUAGAAUACAUAAAGCAUGAUGACUUAAUAUUAAGCAUUUUCCAACGUGUCGAAACGCAAACUCUCCAAAAAAUCCUAGCUGAGGAUGGAACUCCCAAUGUAACUGCCAUAAUUGGGUUAUACAAUGACUUCAGUAAAAAUUUACAUGAGGGAGAGGAAAAGCAUUUAUCAGCUUCUCAAGUAAAAGACUUGUUCACAGGCUUGGUAUCAGAGAGGAACAAUUUAACCAACACAAAUAUCACAGAGAAAAAAAUCACAGACUUCAUAAGAGUUUUAGACAAAGAUGGUGACCAAAUUAUAACCAGGGAUGAAUUUGUCAGUGGCUUACUACAAUACAUUAACCAAACAAAGCAUGCUUUGGAUAAAAAGUACCUCCAAAAAGAAUCUAUGAACAAAAUGUAUCAGAGUUUUAUCAAGCCAUGGAUCGAACAUGUGAGAAAAGAACGCGAAUUGAAGGGACAUAUUAUUUCUGGAAUCUUAACUCAUUCUCACAGCGAUAUAGUCGGUAGGCUGCUCAAAGAUGAUGGUACGCCUGAUAAAGAUGCUAUCAAAAGGUUGUUUGAUGAAGUUGAUAUCAAUAAAGAUAGCCACAUUUCGAGAUCCGAGUUGGAACAAAUAGUGAAGAAGAUUCAGUUUGGUAAGGUUAUAGAUGCAGAGGAAGCAAACACAAAACUCUAUAAGUAUCUUGAUGUCAACAAAGACAAUGAAAUUAGUGAACAAGAAUUUGUUGAUGGCUUCAUGAAAUGGAUAAGCUCAAAUUCCAACCAAGACCCUAGCUCAACUUCUUCCUCUCAUGAAACUAAUCAAACAUGGGAAGCUGUUGAGAAAGUAGUGAAAGAGAAUCAUCAAUCCAAAGGGGUGAUUGCAUGGUUAAUAGCUAUAGCAUAUGUGGUAUUGGGAAUUACUAUGCUAUCACUUCUUGCUGAGCCCUUAAUAGCAACUGUUCAAAAAUUCUCCGAAGCUGCGGGAAUUUCAUCAUUUUUCAUCUCUUUCAUGUUAGUCCCUUUUGCCACAAAUUUUAGAGAAGCUACCUCAGCUAUCAAAAAAGCUAGUUACAAGAGAAGUAGUAAUACUUCUCACAUAAUAUACGAGAUUUAUGGAGCUGUGUUCAUGAACAACAUUCUUGGGUUUGUGGUGAUAUCUAUUCUUAUAUAUAUGAGAAAUAUCACUUGGGAAUUUUCAGCUGAUGUAUUGGUGGUGGCAAUUGUUUGUAUUGUGAUGGGCGUAACUGCUAUUUUUCGCGCCACUUUUCCGAUUUGGACAUCUUUACCUGCAUAUCUCUUGUACCUAAUAUCAUUGGUUUUGGUUUUUGUUCUCAAAGAUGUUCUCAAUUAUGUUUAGUGUUUUUUUUUAUGGGAGCAAGAUUAAAUGAAAUAACAAACUCUUGAUGUGGUUUAUUAGAAAAUAUUAUGUACCACAAGAGUCUAGUGCAAGUUAUGGUUGGCGUGUAGUGUGUGCGAGUAUUGUAAAUUCUGAGAUAUCGAAUUCAACUCAUAUUGACAAAGAAUAAUAUUAUGUGA